AUGGUUUUCAAGAUUCCAGUUCUUCCUCGGGUGGAGUUCGGUCCGUGCCAGGGGGUCGACGCGCUGAAGGAGAACGAUGCAAGGAGCAGCUACAUCUUCAUGAUGGCGGGUGCUGGCGUAGCGGCGUUAGCCACCUCAGGGGAUGUUCCCCUGCUGGGGUUGCGGCUGGGGCAGCUGCUACUGCCGGGCACGACAACCGCCUACAGCAACGGCACUUCGGACGACGACUCGUCUCCCCUGGGCGCUGCCUCCUCCCCUUACCCCUCCCUGGAUGUGGCUCUCCUGGCGGCCACUUUGCAGGAACAGAGGGUUGGGGCCGAAGUGGCCCUCGUCGCCUGGGCGCGAGUAGUGGCACAUGUGUGUGCUCUUGUAGUGGGCAUCCCCGGGGGCAAGUCCCUGUCUGGCAUGUUUAUUUUGUCGGCGACUGGUGCCGCCCCUCCUGCCGCCUGGCAGUCCGAGGGGCUGGGGCUGGUGGCGGCACUGCUGGCCCCGCUGUUGCGGCCGCCGCAGGUUCCCCUGGCUCGCCGUACACUGGCCGAGCUGUUGGCCGCCUCCACCAUCAACGACCUUGUCCACGCCCUCAGCGCCGCAGCGUUGGACCUGGUGGUGGCGGCGGUGAAGGUGGCCAUGCAGCCAAGGGUGGCGCUGCUGAGGAACGAUGGCACGGCGGCGGCGGUGUUUGCCGUGUACGACGGCGUCAUGGGUGCGGGUGGCGGCGGCGGCGCCAGUAUGUCUGCGAUGUGCCGACGCCGCAGUCGGGAUGUGGUGAUGGUGGAUGCGGGGGGCAGCGGCUUCAGCACUUACAAACCUCCAGAUUUCUUCAUGUUGGGGCAGCCCUCAGUUCUGGAGCGGGACAGCCUGGGAACAGCGGGACGGGACGGCACGGGCGCCGGCGCCGGCGGCGCUGCUGCCGCCACCACCGCCACCACCGCCAGCACGGGCGCCGGCGCCCGUCCGCUUCUCAGGGGUGUUGGUACGACGGACUGUUCCGUCCAGCGGCUCCAGGGAACGUUAACCACCACCGGAGGGGGGGUUGGGGGAUGUGGAGGCGGAGGUGGGGGGGGUCCCUCGGGCGCCUCAGGGCCUCAGGGCGGCCCCGGGUGCCGGGGCCAGAGCCUGCCGCUGCAGCAUACCCUGCUGGGGGAGGCACUGACCCGUGGGUCGGGGCUCUGCAUUGCGGACUGUAACGCCUACGUGCAGGCGCUGUUGCAAACGGUGGUGCAGGAGCUGGGGCAGCUGCUCAGGGCACUCACCCCCACGGUCGCCGCUCUCUUGCUCCCGGGGGGCCCUAUGGCGGACGAAUGGAGCCUCCUGCAUGACGACCUGCUGGGGCCCGCCAGUGUGGGCUUGUGUACCGGCAGUACGGCAGUACGGCAGAGGGCAAUCAGCCCUAUCAUCUCGGCGACAACGACACCCGGGAUGGCGGUGGCGCGGGCAGCCGCCGCGGCGGUGCACGCCUCGCCGUCGCUAAUGCUAGCCGGACCAACGGCAACUGCGGCUGCUACCGCCGGCGCCGGCGCUAUUGCUGGCGGCGGCGGUGGCGGCGGCGGCGGCGGCUCCGCUUUCGGCAAUACGACUUGCGGCGGCAGCCAGUCUUUUAGAUCCUCUGGGAGCAGCCCGGCCCCCGCCACGCCGACGGCGACGACGGCAGGGGCGGCGACGGCGGCGACGCCGCUUGGCAUUAUGGCAAAUAUCGGGGCCUUUUUUCGCCGUACCGGCCCCGCCGGCAGCGGCCGCCAGCCUGACACCAAUAAGACCGAUAACAACAAAAACGACCACCACACCAAUAAAGAGCCAAACUCGCCAACGGCUACGACAGAUUGCGGAGCCGCGGCACCGAAUGAUGUGGUCGUUACGGCAAUGGCCGCCGCCGCCGCUGCGCUCACGGCCGAUGCGGGCGCCGCCGCGGGUGCCGCCGCCGCCGCCGCCGCCCCCGCCGGCGUCGACAGCCGUGUCGAUAUCAACAGCACUGCUAGUAAGCGGCUCGCGGCGUUUGUGUCAGGUGGUGGAGGCGGCAGCGGUUUGCCUCCCGCCAGCGGCGUGCGUUCAGGCGUGAGUCGUACGGCAUUGGCGCACUCGCAUACGGGUCGUACAUCGUUCUCCUUGGAGGCUGCUGGCAGUCCGCGGGGUGGGGUGCGCUUGGCGCCCCUCAUCACGACGCUACAUGACCGGUUGAAGAGCGCGCAGGCGGAGCAGCUCACGAGCCACAGCCGCGCCGCCUCCCGCCUCCAGGACCUGGAGAGCCUCCGCUUCCUGGAGAGGGUGGGCAAAGGGGGGUACGGCUCCGUGUACCGCGGGCUGUACCACGGGUCGGAGGUGGCCAUCAAGGUGGUGGAGGACCCUGGGCUGGGCAGUGCAGCAGCCGCGCCCAAGUCGCCUUCCAUUGAAGCGGCUUACGCCGCCGGGGUUGCCGCCGCCGCCGCCGCCGCCAGUGGGGCUCUGCGGGCGAAGCACCUGCACGACGCCGUUGAGCUGGUGGCGUCUGUGUCGAUGAGCCACCCCAACAUUGUACAGCUCAUCACCUACUUUGUGGACCUGAAGGCACACCACCACCAACGAACCAAGAAACAGACGGCAACCACCACAACCACCACCACAACCACCACCACCACUACCACCGCAUGCACCCGACCUGAAGGUGGAGCCACCACCAACGCCGACACGGGCGCUGACGGUGAAUCGGAUUUCCUGCAGCUCGUCCACAUGAGCUCAUCGGGACUGGAUUCCACCACCAGCAGUUUCACAGAGCCCGCUGGCAACGAGGCGAUUGUCCUCGUGAUGCGCUGCUGGCACGAGCAGCCAGGAAGCCGCCCCACCGCCCUCCAACUGGUCACGGAGCUGGAGGCGCUCCUGGAGGCGGCAGGCGACUCGGGAAACUGGCUGCGCGGCCACGGCCACGGGCGCGGCGUCGGCAUCAGCAGCAGCGUCGGCAGCCCGCCGCAACAGCUCUACCAGAGGCCCAGCGGCGCGGGGACUCUAAGGCACACCCCGGCGGCAACGAGUGGAGUGGGGGGAAACGGCGGCGGCGGCGGCGGCGGGAUGACCGCCGUGGCGACGGCGGCAGAGGCGACUGCAGUUGCACACCCCGGCAGCGGCGGUGGUGCGCUUACGAUUCCCAUGUUUGGCUCGACCGGGGGUGGUGUCGCUGGCGGCAGGGCGCUGGCGUUGCACGUACCGCCGCCGCCGCCGCCGUCGCCGUCGCCGCCGCUGGUGGUGGGCGGCCACCAGCCCAGCUCCCUGUACUACGGACGCGCAUGGCCUGCAGCCGCCGCCGGCAACCCCCAGUCCACAUCACCAGAGCCUGCAACACCCCAGUAG